AUGGAGGCGCUGGACCUGGACAAGAACGUGCUGGAGUUCGGCGGCGGUGACAUGGGCGACAUCUGGGGGCCGUCGGAGGUACUUGACACGGGCCUGCCGGAGGGCGACGGUCAGUGGCACCCUUCCAUGAACUGCUCAGAGUCCGUGGUGCUCCGGGACCGCAUGAUCACGGAGGCGAGCCUGCCCAUCAAGACCGAACACUCCUACUGCAGCGCCGAGGCCGACCAAGCCAUGGUCAUCGUCAAGGAAGAGGUGGACGAGAUGGAGAGCGAGUGUUUCCCGGCGAUUUCGAUGUGGAAGGCAUCCGGGGUGGACGACAGAGACCAGAAGGUUACCGUGCUGAAGCCCGUGCUGAAGCGCCGCUCGCCGGUGGCCAAUCGCCUCAUCGCUCAGGCGCAGCAGGGCCGACAGGUGCUGCCGGGCGGCGCUGUCCACGCGGCCAAGGUAUCAACUGGCCAGUUGCGACCGCAGACCAUAGUACUGACGGCGACCGGGCCAGCCACUCCUCGUCGCACGGCCGACGGUACCGUCAUUCCCCGGCUCAGCGUCAAGGUCGAACCCAGUUCAGCGUUCUCGCUGCCGCCAACUCCUCCAUCGUCUGACUCGGACGGCGGCACGUCACCCGUCCACACGGGCUCGCUGGCGUCGCCCGUGCGCGCCGCCCCCCAGCGGUCGCCCAAGGUGCUGGUGACGGCCGGCAAGCCCGUCUGCAGACAGACCAUCGCCUCGCCGCUCAUCUCCGGUCACUGGAAAAAUGGGGCAUACGACACGUUAUGCCUGACUGAGGAAGAGAAACGGACCCUGGUGACCGAGGGUUAUACCGUACCAUCUCGGCUGCCGCUGUCAAAGACGGAGGAGAGGUCACUUAAAAAGAUUCGGAGGAAAAUCAAAAACAAGAUCUCAGCGCAGGAAAGCCGUCGAAAGAAGAAGGAGUACAUGGACCAGCUGGAGCGGCGGCUCGUCCGGAUCGUGGCCGAGAACGAUGGGUACCAUGCACGGCUAGCAGAGCUAGAGGACGAGCACCGUCAGCUGGGCAACCAGCACAGCCAGCUGGAGACGCGCAACGCCUUGCUGCUCCGGCAGCUGGCGCAGAUGCAGCUGGCGCUUGGACGGGACGCCGGUAGUAAGGAGCUGAACGAACGCCCAGUGCUAAUCAAAACUGAACAGUUGUGAAGCCGUGUCCGAAACAUCUCAUUAAGUGCGGCAGCCACCGGCUCAAGCGCUGCCGUCUAGUCUUCCAUCAUCAUCGGCGGCGGGCGGCGGGCGUCGCUCCAGUGACGCUCGCGAAAGGUCCGCAGGGCUAGAGUGCCGGCGUGAUAGCGACAGGCCGCGCUCGACAGUUCGUUACGCCCCUCUCCGCCUACCAAGAUGUGUCUUAUGUUGUUGAUGCCGGACACUCCGGCGUGUAUAGGCCAUGCGUCAUGGGACGGCGUGAAUAGGCCAUGCAUCAUGGGACAGCGUGCAUGGGCCAUGCAUCAUGGAGACAACCAUGGUACUCCACAGGGUCACAAACGGCAAUUCGGAGCCAAGCUAUCUUCUAUCGACACAAAUAUUCUCUUUUUAACAGCAUCCGAUCGGGUCCAGGGCCUGGAUAAUGUCGAUCUGGAUCUGGCGGAAUACAAGUUAACGGCUUGCUCCGAACUAAGCCGAAGGUGCUUGAGAAUGGAAACAGGACUAGUGUUUAUGAAACGCUAAUAUUAUGAAUGUUUCCGUUCAGAGCACCCGCACUUCCUACAUUCCAGAUAAGAACAUAUAUAUUAGCAUGAUUGAUGCAUGCAUUAUAGCAUGGUAGCAUUAUAGAUUACUGCUGUCGGUUUAUGGGUCGCACAGUAUACCAGGAAAUGUGUAUGUGUACGCGUUCCAUGCCAUUUAGGUCUUGGUAUCGUUUGUCAAAUGCAGACGCCAUGAGCU